UGGCAAAAAGUUUUAAAUAGAGAAAAGCUGAAGGAGUUGGGAGUGUGUGUUCUAACUUCUGAAGAACAAGUUCCCAAGACUGGAAGGAUUCAGGAAGCUGCAUCUAACAAUAUUGUUCGAAUGAGAUUUUCUCGAGUUUGAGUUUUCCAUUACCUGUAGAUAAUAUUGGCUUAAUUUGUAGAGUUUUAUUGGGGUUCCCAGAAGUAUGGCAAGUAGACAAGAGAGUUCAGAGGAUACGAUAUUCGUUGCUCUGGGAAUUAAAGAUGCAAAAGAGUGGAUAUCAACCCUUCGAUGGGCAAUACAGAACUCUGGAGGGAAGAAGAUUUGCAUCCUUCACAUUCAUCAGCCUGCACAGCUGAUCCCCUUUGGCAUGGGCGGAAGAGCUCCAGCAAGCUCACUGCAGGAAAGCAUAGUGAGGGAAUACCGGGAAACUGAAAAGCAAAAAAUGCAUGGCAUCCUGGAUGAAUACGUUCAAUUCUGUCGCCAAAAGGGGGUACCAGCACAGAAACAACCCUUUGAAAUGGACAGUAUUGAGAAGGGAAUUGUAGAGUGCAUUAAUAGUUAUGGGAUCAGGAAGCUUGUCAUGGGAGCAGCAGCAGAGAAGUUCUAUAAGAGAAACAUGAUGGAGAUCAAGUCUACUAAAGCAAAAUAUGUGCGCCAAAAAGCACCUGCCUUCUGUCAUAUACUAUUUAUCUGCAAAGACCGCCUCAUCUUCACCAGGGAAGCAAGCGAAGAGACUGAUACUGGACAACCAAACCAACUGAGAUCACGAUCAGUUACUAUUGGGCAGAGGGACAGCAUUAAAACUGGGCAAUCAAACUACUUACCAGAACGAUCUCUUACAGUAGGGCACAAUAGGGACGGUAGUGGAAUGAGAAUGGUGGAAAUUCCUUUCACAGAAGGUAGUGAAGAGCUUCCAUCUCUUAAAAAAAGGUUGGAUGCAGAAGGGAGUUCUGACGAAGGGGAUGGCUUGUCAAGAAGUUCGUCCAGAGGAGGGGUUAAUGUAACUCUGGCUUCAUGGACUGAAGGGAAUGAAAAUGGUCUGGAUUUGAAAGCCCUCUCUCUGGUUUCGGGUUUUUCAAGAUCCUCUUCUUCAGUGGAAUGGGCAUCUCCAUCACUGAAGCAAAGUCCGAGUGUGAUUUCUUGUACAAGUAGCAUAGCUGGAUGCUCUUCUAAUGGUGGUCUCAGUUUUAAAGACAGAAGUUUUGACAAUUCUCUUUAUGAGCAACUUCAACAAGCGAUGGAAGAGUCCGAAAAUGAAGCAUCCAGACGUCGGAAAGCAGAAAAAGAUAGAAUUGAGGCUAUACGCAGGGUCCAAGACGAGAUGACGCAAAGAAAAGAUAUUGAGGAAGUGCUGGCAAAAGAGAGAGAAGAACUUAAAAAGGUGAAGAAUGAGAGAGACCAACUCAGGGAAGAACUCCAAAUUUCUCAAGAACGGGAAAUAUCAUUGAACAGACAAAUAGAAGAGUUACAAAAUCAGAGCGAUCAGUUGCAUUUGGAGCUAGAUAACGCACUAAAAGAAGCUGAAGGGCUGAGAAGAAAGCAAGGAGAGGCCUCAAGUAGACAGAUGCAAAUGUUCUCCGAGUUCUUGCGCCAUGAGAUUGAAGAAGCCACUCAAAACUUCGAUGAGUCCCUGAAAAUUGGACAAGGAGGAUAUGGGAACGUUUAUAAAGGACUCCUGUGUCAUACCAAGGUUGCCAUAAAGAGGCUGGAAUCUAUUGGCGUACAAGGCACCUCAGAAUUCCAAAUGGAGGUUCGUGUAUUGAGUCAGCUGAGGCACCCCAAUCUUGUGAAACUCUUUGGAUAUUGCCCGGAAAUUUAUGCGCUCAUCUAUGAGUUUCUUCCGAAUGGAAAUCUUGAAGAUCGACUCAAAUGCAAGGACAACAGUCCUCCAUUAUCAUGGCAAACUCGAAUAAGAAUCGCCAUAGAAUUGUGUUCUGUCCUCCUGUAUCUUCAGAACAACAAGCCUCACGGCAUAGUACAUGGUGAUUUGAAGCCUUCCAAUAUCCUCCUCGAUACCAACUAUGUUAGUAAGCUCAGCGACUUCGGAAUCUCCCGUUUGUUACAACAAGAUAGAAAUUCAAGCAACACAACCCUCUAUCAUAUAACUGAUGUAAAGGGCACUUUGCCCUACAUAGAUCCUGAGUUCCUUGAGACACGAGUGUUAACAAUGAAGUCAGAUGUUUACUCAUAUGGAAUCAUCUUAUUACAGUUGUUGACUAAGAAAUCGCCCUUCUCAAUAGCAAAUGAGGUGAAAUCCGCCUUGGAGGCUGGGAAACUGAAAACCCUCUUAGAUUCUUCGGCCGGAGACUGGCCAAUUGGGCUUGCUCAGAAGUUGGCUCGCUUGGGAUUGAGGUGUUGUGACCGAAUCCGAAAAAACCGGCCAGAACUUGGGUCAGAUGUUUGGAAGGUACUUGAACCAAUGAGUGCUUCACGUGAACUGUGAAGCCUCAUCCCUAUCUCAUCUGGGUUCUGAAUAUCAAUAUUACCAACGGUCUCCUUAGACCAUAUUGUAUUACUUUGUAUGAUAACGCAAUCAAAGGAAUAAAUUCAUUUGCUUGGUUUCCGAGAAAACAGAGGAAAAGUAGAAGAAAAAAAAAAAUGACAUGAGGUUCCACA